AUGGCGAGAGCUGUACGUUCGUGCGACGAGUGCGAAAGUGGUGCAAUGCAAUCGGGCAAGACGCCCUUCAAGGUGCAAGCGAGUGAAUCGAAUUACUGCCAGUGUAUUAGCUCCUGUCACAGUCGCACGGGGCUGCUGGUCUUCAACCAGAUGUGCAUCGGAGAAAACGUUGACGUACACUAUCACGAAGAGCUCACCACGUUCUUUUGA